CGUAUAUAAUAAACGAAACCCCGUCUCCGAAGCAUAAAAAGAGUGUGAGUGUGACUCUAUGAGAACAACAAAAUCAAACACCGUCUUUCUCUUUUCUCGCGUGUCGUACGAUUCGUGCAGUGGCGGUGAAUGGUGAAUGCGAUGAAGAAGAAACGAAAAGAAAGCGAGGUCUCGCGGUCGAUCAUGCCGGAGAUUUCGCAGUCGCAUUACUCGCUGGAGCGUUGUUCUCGUUUCAACAAACGGUGCAGGGAAGACGGCGUGGCCACGGUUCCGCCUCGCGGCGCGCCGUUACUUCUGACGCCGUCGAGGGGGCUGAAGCGGAAGAUAGGGUGCAUUGAGAACGCCACGCAGAUGGGGAAGAGCGGGAGGAUCGAGGACUAUUACGUGACCGGCGGCGGCACGCUCGGGAGGGGGAAGUUCGGGUCGGUGGCGGUGUGUCGCGCACGUGCGGGGGGCGUGGAGUACGCGUGCAAAACGCUGAGGAAGGGGGAGGAGACGGUGCACCGGGAGGUGGAGAUAAUGCAGCACGUGUCGGGGCACCCUGGGGUGGUGACACUCGAGGCGGUGUACGAGGAUGCGGAGAGCUGGCACCUUGUGAUGGAGUUGUGUUCCGGGGGGAGAUUGGUUGAUAAGAUGAGAGAGGGUCCUUGUUCGGAACACUUGGCUGCUGGGAUACUCAAGGAGGUGAUGCUGGUGGUUAAGUAUUGCCAUGAUAUGGGGGUGGUGCAUAGGGAUAUUAAGCCGGAGAAUAUUCUGAUCACCGGCUACGGGAAACUCAAGCUCGCGGAUUUUGGUCUUGCCAUCAGGAUUUCUGAGGGUCAGAAUUUGACAGGUGUGGCUGGGAGCCCUGCAUAUGUUGCACCAGAAGUGUUGUCGGGUGGAUAUUCUGAGAAGGUGGAUAUAUGGAGUUCUGGGGUGCUCCUGCAUGCUUUGUUGGUUGGUGGUCUUCCAUUUAAAGGAGAUUCUCCGGAAGCAGUUUUUGAGGAAAUUAAGAAUGUCAAAUUAGAUUUCCAAACAGGGGUAUGGGAAUCAAUAUCUAAACCUGCAAGAGAUCUUCUUGGGAGAAUGCUGACAAGGGAUGUUUCGGCAAGGAUAACUGCUGAUGAAGUACUUGGGCAUCCAUGGAUAUUGUUCUACACUGAGCGCACGUUGAAGAUGGUGCCUGUUAAAUCAAAAUUGAAAUUCCAAAAUGCAGCCGCUUGCCACAAGUUGGUUGCAUCACCUGAAUCUGGGUCAGGAGGAAACAAGAAAGGCGACGGCUCCCUUAAUGAAGGUUCAAGCUCGUUCUCAUCCUCUGAGAGUUGCAAUUCAGAAUAUCGUGAUGACUGUGGGUGGAUUGAUGCACUUGCCACUGCAGUUUCACGUGUGACCAUAUCGGAACCAAAGAGGACCAAGUUGUGGUCUCCCACUGCUCCAAUUGAUCAGCAGGGUUCAUCUAACAUGAAGACUAGCCUCUGUAAAGCAUUCUGACCUACUGACAGGUUGACACCGGCAGCAUACACCACAAUAUCGACUGCUUUAGCUGGGUUUUAUAAUAAACUUAGCCCAACACAUUCUACAGUUGGCAAAAGGGGUUACUGGCUAACGUCCUAAAUUAGUGGACCUGGGUUUUCUCUCCAAGUUUCUUUUUAGUCUGAUAUCUGAUUACAGUAUUUUUUUUUUUUUUGUUCCUUUGUCCAUAUAAUCUAUAUUAAUAAAUUAGCUGGGAAAACAUGGUUGUACAGAACAUGUAAAUAUAAUGUUUUAGUGUGGCUGCAUGUUUAUGCCUAUGCCGGGGAAGGGGUUUAUAUAAUGAUAGAAUAUGUUAUGAUUUCACUAAUUAGUGAAAACUCAAAUUAUUUUCUUUUGGAACAUUUUAAUCAGACCCUACCAUUUAACUUGUA